AAACACUCAAAAGUUGUCACGGUUGCGAUUACCGACGGCGACAAUGGCGGGCAAGCAAAUCGGCGGAGACGGCGUUAUACCAGCGAAUCUCGCCGGAAUGACGAAAAGUCAGCUCUACGGUAUCAUGUCUCAAAUGAAGGCGCUGAUCGAUCAAAACCAUGAACAAGCGAGAGAGAUUCUGAUUCAGAACCCUCUUUUAACCAAGGCUCUUUUCCAGGCACAGAUCAUGCUGGGAAUGGUUCAGCCUCCUCAAGUGGUUCCCAAAGUUGAGCCUCAACAGUCUCAUCAAUCUCUCCUGCCAAAGCCAAGCGCUCAAGCUCAUACGUCUUCUCUUCAAGGCGGUAUUGGUUUACAAGAGCCAGCUGCUACAGUGCAGCCACAAGCCCCGAGUAGAAAACACACACUGCAACAACCAAUGCCUAUGCCUCCUCCUCCACCUUCUGUAUCUGCGACCAAUAAUGCUCCAUUGCAGCAGCCUCGUUUCUCGCAUCCCCAGCGUCUGAACCCUGCUGGCACUUCUUUGUCUCGUCUACAGUCUUCUCAAGUUCAAACCGCGCCUCCCCCGGCUCCUCAUCAUCCGACAUCCCAACCACAGUCUUUUCAUCACCUUGAUACACCAGCCUCCUCCACUCAGUUGCAACAACAACAAGCAAUGCACUCGGUUGGGGGCCCUCAACAACAGCCUAGACCAUAUCUUCAUCAGUUUGGACCGUCCCAGACUGGUCCCAACGCUGGGUUUCGGCACCAUGGCGCACCUCCUCAGCAUCAUUCUCAACCCAUGUUUCACUCUGGCAACAGACUCCCAGCUUCUGGUGGACCUCAAUUCCCUCAGGGACAGCCACAUCUCGUUAGCCAGCCACCUUAUCAGGGUGGAGGUCAGUUUCGUGGAGACUACAAUAAUAACCAAUUAGGAGGGCCGACGGGUGCAGACAGAGGUCCUUCUUGGAUGGCUGGCCAAUCAGAUAGCUCAAACAUUACUCAUCUCCCAGGCUUAGGACCGGUGCCUCCACCAAGCCAAGUUGGACCUGGAGGCGGCCCACCACCUCGCCCUGCACCGAUAUCUGCAGAGAUGGAGAAGGCAUUGCUUCAACAGGUGAUGAGCCUGACCCCAGAGCAGAUCAAUUUACUGCCACCAGAACAGAGAAACCAAGUCCUUCAGCUCCAACAGAUUCUCCGACAGUGAAGCUCAUCGCCACAGUCGCUUGGUCUCCGUGUUAUAGCUUAGAAGAGACAGGCUUGGGGUUUGAAUGUAAGGUCCGAGUCAAGUGUAAGAUCAUUUGUAGAAAAGGAAAAGAAGUAGCUAAUAUUUUUUUCUUCAAUGUAUCACUGAAUGCUUUGGUCAAUAGCCCAUGGAGAAAACUAUCUGUUCUUUCACUUUGAUGUAUUAUGUUUGGUAACAACUUUCUUCCGACUUCCAAAGUUUCCAAGUCCUGUUUA